AUGUAUCCGCCGCCGCCGCUGCCGCCGCGUCGGGACUUCAUCUCGGUGACGCUGAGCCCCGGCCGGAGCUACGACGGCGGCCAGGGCCUGAGGCGGCGCUCGUUCUGGCGGAAAUGGAAGCAGCUGUCGAGGUUACAGCGGAACGUGGUCCUCUUCCUGCUGGCGUUCCUGAUGCUCUGCGGCCUCCUGUCCUACAUCAGUGUGGCCGACGAGUGGAAAGGUACCAGCUCCACGAUUCCGCAGUGAUCCGUGGGGGUUCCUGAGGGCGGAAUGAGACCCGCAAAUCCACCCGUCUUGCCAGCUCCUCGGAGAGCAGCUGAGAACCCGGAAAGCUUCGCGGGAGCAUCACCUCAGAAGCCUCCAAGGCAUUUCCGACGGGGACCACCCAACCUGCAGAUUAGAGCCCCCGAUGGAGACACCAAGGACAGGAGGCAGGAUGAGGCCCAGAGGAGGGCAGAGGCAGCUGGCGAGGCUCGCUGGGAAGACGAUGCGCAGGGAAGCCGCGUCAGCUGGAGGGGCAUAGGGACUGAACCGGAGCAGGGCCCCCAGCUCCCUCUGAGAAAGGCAGAGGCCGCCCCCAGGCCUUCCCCACAGGCUCUCAGGAUGAGGAACAGUCCAGCCUCGCAGAACGAGCGCCAGAAGGCUGUGGUCGCCGCUUUCCGCCACGCGUGGGCCGGAUACCGCAAGUUCGCCUGGGGCCACGACGAGCUGAAGCCCGUGUCCAAGUCCUUCAGCGAGUGGUUCGGCCUCGGCCUCACGCUGAUCGAUGCCCUGGACACCAUGUGGAUUUUGGGUCUGAAGAAAGAAUUUGAAGAAGCCAGGAAGUGGGUGUCCCAGAGGUUAUUAUUUCAGAAAAAUGUGGACGUCAACCUGUUUGAGAGCACCAUCCGUAUCCUGGGGGGUCUCCUGAGCGCCUUCCACUUGUCCGGGGAUGUCCUCUUUCUGGAAAAGGCCGAGGACUUUGGAAAUCGGUUAAUGCCUGCGUUCCAAACACCCUCUAAGAUCCCGUACUCCGACGUAAACAUUGGCACUGGAGUCGCCCACCCACCGCGUUGGACCUCUGACAGCACGGUGGCCGAGGUGACAAGCAUUCAGCUGGAGUUCCGAGAGCUCUCUCGUCUCACGGGAGUUAAGAAAUUUCAGGAGGCCGUGGAGGAGGUGACCCGGCGCGUGCACUCCCUGCGCGGGAAGCAGGACGGGCUGGUGCCCAUGUUCAUCAGCACGAGCAGCGGGCUCUUCACGCACCUGGGCGUGUUCACCCUGGGCGCCAGGGCCGACAGCUACUACGAGUACCUGCUGAAGCAGUGGAUCCAGGGCGGGAAGAAAGAGACCCAGCUACUGGAAGACUACCUCGAAGCCGUGGAGGGAAUCAGAAAGCACCUGCUGCACAGAUCUGAACCCGGCAAGCUGACCUUCGUGGGGGAACUCGCCCACGGCCGCUUCAGCGCUAAGAUGGACCACCUGGUGUGCUUCCUGCCGGGGACGCUAGCUCUGGGCGCCCACCACGGCCUGCCCGCCGACCACAUGGAGCUGGCCCAGGAGCUCAUGGACACCUGCUACCAGAUGAACCGCCAGAUGGAGACGGGGCUGAGCCCCGAAAUCGCGUACUUCAACCUGCACCCCCAGAAGUCCCAGAAGGACGUGCAGGUCAAGGCCGCCGACAGACACAACCUGCUGCGGCCCGAGACGGUGGAGAGCCUGUUCUACCUGUACCGCCUCACGGGCCACCGCAAGUACCAGGACUGGGGCUGGGAGAUCCUGCGCAGCUUUGACACGUACGCGAAGGUCCCCUCGGGCGGCUAUUCUUCCAUCAGCAACGUCCAGGACCCCCGCAAUCCCCAGCCCAGGGACAAGAUGGAGAGCUUCUUUCUGGGGGAGACGCUCAAGUACCUGUAUCUGCUAUUCUCCGACGACCCAGACCUGCUCAGCCUGGACACUUACGUGUUCAAUACGGAGGCUCACCCCCUGCCCAUCUGGGCCCCCUCCUAG